ACUCGUCUUAAUGAGAAGCGUAACAAUGUUUUCGAAAUGGGCUAUACUGGUUACCUGUGUCAUUAUAAGCGCUUGCGAUUCAUUUUCUGUAAAGAAUGUACAGAAAUGUACUAUCAAGGAUGAAAAAUGCUUUAUUGAAAGUGUAUCUAAAGUCUUAAAGGAUAUUAGCGAAACUGGAGUUGAGGAAAUCAAUGUACCCGCCCUCGAUCCCAUGCAUCUGAAAAAUAUAUCAGUUCCAAUAUUGGGCUUAUUAAAUUUGUUAUUGGAAGAGGGGCAGUUGAAAGGAGUCAAAGACUGCGAGAUUAACAAGUAUCAAAAUGACUUUGUAAAAGGUGAAGCAAAUUUGGAAAUAACAUGUGAUCUUGUACUUAAGGGAAAGUUCAAGGUGUCAGACCCGACCCCAUUCCUCCAGAACUUGCUUGGAAGUGAUCCGAUUACUAUUGAUGGGAAUGUAAAAAUAAUACUAGAAAAACUCCGUAUGAAUAUGCAAUUUUUGUACGACUUGAUCAAGAAGGACGAUGGAGAUAUAUAUUUUAAAUGUCAUAAGGACGACUUCAAUUACAAAUAUGAUGUUGGUAACGCUAAAUUGGUAGUUCACAAAAUACUUUUGGGAGGCCAAGAUAGUAGUGAACUCGUCAUGAACAUUUUCAAUCAAAAUGGGAAGUUCAUUAUGGAGACAUUCGGAAAAAGUAUUUUCGACGUGGGUAUGCCGAUUUUUUAUGAUAUACUACAUCGUUUUAUCGAUUCAAUACCAGUAAAAUACUAUUUUAGCGAUGACUUUACAUCAUACGUGAAAAAUGUGUAAUCAAAAA